AUGAAUUUCUCCUCAUUAGCAAUUUUCUUGGCGACGUUCCAGGUCCUUCGCAAUAAACAUCGAAUUACGUCGAGAUAUAACUGCAAAGUGAACCCUCCGAGGCUUUUGAACAAUGUGGCAUUCUCUGAAGUCACUCAUGGUGGAGUUGAUGUCAUGGAUACCAACCAGGGGCUCCGAAAGAUUCGUAUGCAGGCUGCCACUCUAAUUUGUGAACAAAUUGAAGACAUCAUAACGAAGCACUCGUCAAGGACCAUUCUUUCUAAAAAGAAAGACCUUGACGAGAUGGUGGCCGAACUUCAAUAUUAUGGGGUUGAUCCUUCAUCACUAUUAAUAUACAAUUGGGCUCGGUUGGUAACCACAUUGGAUUGCAUCCAGCUGCGUUUCAACUAUGACAUAAGCAACCGCGACACUACUGGAGUGAACCAGAUCGGAACGAUUAAGCGCGUGAGGCGCGUACUCUGUGCUUCUUCCUCUGAUUUCGCCGGACUCUUCCCCAACCCGGCAGUGCUCACACUGCCGUCGACAUCGGAAAUCGGCCGCUUAGACAACAAGUUCCUCGCCGAUAUCGUCAUAUGGCUGUUGCUAUUUGGAGGCCAUGGAACUGGUGGCUGGUUGAGUCGUUAUGACAUCUAUUACAAUGACUGCAUUAUCUUAGACAGGGUUUCUGCACAGUUGAAGCGAUUACCUACAGGCAAUGAAUCCCCUCCUUCACGAGUUUACCAUUCUCUGACAUGUAUCGGCUCACGUCAUCUCUUAUUUGGUGGCUUUGAUGGAAAAUCCACAUUUGGUGAUCUGUGGCGGUUGGUUCCUGGAGUAACGGCUGGAAUGCGGCUGUGUUAGGUGAUAGCUUCUAAUAUAACGUAGGAAGCUCACUUUAUCUUUGUAUUGAGAUGGUGUUCAAAACAAGGCAAUAUAAGAGCAUGGUUGAACAAAGGAAGGUGCUACAUGAUCCAAAGCAUCUCUACUCAUCCUUUCUAUUGAAUUGCAAGCUAUUGAAUUUACAAUGUAAAUUUUUAUUGCAUUCAAUAUGUAAUGUAUUCACAGUGAUAUCCCAGAGAAAAUCAUUGUUUUGUGUAGACUCAUAAUCUCUCCUUGCUUCUUCCUAUGUUUCUGCCCCUUUCCUCCUUUGUUUCUGCCCCUUCCCUCCUUUGUUUCUGUCUGAAGAUCUGUUUCUAUUCUACAGUGAAAAUUUGGGAUUUUGGCGACUAAUAUAAAGAUCAUCUCCAUGGACUGAAAAUCUGGAUUCGGCCGACGAAUUUUUGUCGGGAAAGAGAGUGAAUA